UAACUGUCAGAAUAAGGUUUUGUGGGAAAUGAGAUGCGAAAGGUUUACUUUCAGCAAAAAAGGGGACAGUGGAAGAUGUACUCGAAGAAGAGGUUUUAUUUGUCACGCGACGAUCACGUGCCGGGCAGAAGAGCAAUGUGGCGAGAAGCAUUCUUGACUUGGCAAGGAAAACUGUGAGGGGAUUUGGGCCCAAAGAUCUUAGAUAAUAGUAGAUAAUGGAUAAUCUACUUUGGGUAAUGGUCCUAAGAUAAUUGUCCUUGAUGAUCUACGUUGGGCAGUACGUGGACAAGGAUGAUGUCACAUUCAAGAACAGACCAUAUUGAUACACCAAUUUGGUCCCAAACCAUUGCUAAUGAGGGUCCACGAAGGUCCAUAAAAAGAACGUUGAUGUACAACUCUGAUUAUAAAAUAUUAAAUAUGUAUAAACAUCAUGGGUUAAAUUUAUCAAUUUAAGAGGCUACUGUCUUUGAGGAGUUUCAAAACAAUGAAAGAAAGUAUAACGAAAUUAUUGAAUGACAAAAAUACACGUUAUGGUGUACGAUGUUACUAAACUGGAAGAUUAUAGAGAUAAUGAAUUUCAUGCCCUUUUUGGCUUAUGUGAAAAUACAUAGCUUCUAUGGAUAAAAGAAGAAGUGUAACGCUUAAGUCAGCCAUUGGGAAAGUGUGAGAGUGCUUCCAUCUAAUGAUUAAGGAAGAAUUAACGGGUAUCACGUGUAUAAGAGCAAAUUUUGGUGAAAGAAGGUGAAGAAAAAACUUUGAUAAGGUUGUAUAAACAUUGAGGGGAGCUUUAGAAAUACGGUAGUCUCGUUAUAUGGCCGCAGGGGCUGAAGGUAGGAGGAGGAGGAAGUUGUUGAUCUCAAGAAAGUGCCUGACAAUGUUCAAUGAUGGAGGCGACUGGAAUUACUAUUACUGCGGACAACCAGCAACAUGAUUGACUACUUCCAAAUUCUGUGUGGACUGCUUGUGCUGGUACUCUCUUUCUAUUACUACUACACUGCAACCUUUGAUUUUUGGAAAAAUCGCAAUGUUCGCGGUCCGAAACCCGUGGUCUUCUUCGGUAACUUGAAGGAGACCGCUUUUAAGAAGGUAUCGAUGACCGAACACGUGAAGAACAUGUACGAUCAAUUCAAGCAUGAGCCUGUGUUCGGGAUAUUUCAAGGAAAAACGCCUACCAUUGUGGUUACUGAUCUGGAGCUGAUCAAGAACGUACUCAUCAGGGACUUCUCGCAGUUUUCACAACGAGGAUUGGGAUAUUCCAGAAGGGUAGAACCACUAGAGGAGCACCUCUUCUUCCUGGACACUCCAAGAUGGCGUCCUCUCCGGCCGAAGUUCUCCACAAUCUUCAGCUCCGGCAACCUAAAGGAAAUGUUCAACCUCAUCUUAAAAUGUUCAAACGACCUAGAAAAGUACAUGGAUAAAGUGAUAGGUAAUGGUGGCCUCGUAGAAUGUCGCGAAUUGGCAGGCAAAUAUACAACAGACGUGAUUGCCAACUGUAUGUUCGGUCUGGACAUAAGUACUCUACCGAACGAGGACAGCGAAUUCCGUGAGAUGGGCAGAAGAGUAUUCAAACCUUCUAAGACAAUGGUCGUUAGAGAUACCCUUAAACAGUUUGUACCUGGUUUGUACAACUGGAUUGGCCAUGCAGUGCAGCCUGAAGGUGUGAUUAAUUUCUUCACACGAGCUAUGUUAGAUACAAUUAAGUAUAGAGAGGAAAAGAAGAUAUUUAGGCCGGACUGUAUAAACGUGCUUAUGGACAUUCAUCAAAAUCCUGAAAAAGCAGGAAGUUUUAAACCGACGGAACAAUUGCUUGCCACUCAAGGAUUCGUCUUCUUUUUGGCUGGAUUCGAAAACACUUCGUUGACAAUAUCGCAUGCGCUCUACGAGUUGGCUCAGAAUCAUGAAAUUCAGGAUAAAUUGAGGGCUGAAAUUCAGGAGGAUUAUGCUGAGAACGGCGAGACUUUGACGUACGAUCGUAUUAGAGAUCUUAAGUACUUGGAUAUGGUGUUCAAAGAAACCUUGAGAAAGUACCCAGUUCUGACAACCUUGUUCCGAGAGAACAUCGAAGACUACACCUUUAAAGGAACAGACGUAACAAUUCCCAAAGGCACCAAAGUUUGGAUACCAGUAUACGCAAUCCAAAACGACGAAAACCACUAUCCAAAUCCUGAGAAGUUUGAUCCCGAAAGAUUUACCAAAGAAGCUGAAGCAGCUAGACAUCCCAUGAGCUAUCUGCCAUUCGGUGAUGGACCAAGAAACUGCAUCGGUGCCCGUUUCUCACAGAACCAAGUCAAACUCGGAAUACUGACAGUCAUAAGAAAGUACAAGGUAGAUGUUUGCCAACAAACUACCGUUCCGUACCAACACGAAAAGCGUUCCUUAAUGUUGAUGCUGAAAGGAGGAGUGAACCUGAAAUUAUCGAAAGUAGAUUAUUAACGAUAAUUCUGCUGAAACGGUUCUACGGGUAAUAGUUUAAAUUACUUUAAAUAACGAAUGAAUAUUAUGUAAAAUUUUUUUUUAAUAAUAAUUAUAUCCUUAAGCGAAGCAGUUCGUGUAUACGAUUGUGCAUAUAAUAAACAUGUAUGAAGCAACGAAACAUGUAUGUAUGAAAGUGAAUGUAUUCAGUAAAUGAAUGAAUGAAUGCGAAA